CUUCCCCCAACACUCCCUCAUUCGUGAACUCACCCCCCUCCUUCCCCGUCCCCUCUUUUGAAGCCCUAGGUUCCCCCUCACCGUGUCUGCCGCAGUGCCGCCGCCGUCCGUGUUGUCGGUGCCUCCGAUUCUUCCUCUUCCCCCCUAUCUAGAACUCAGGCCCUCUAUUGUAGCUCGGCGCGUCGUCCCCAUCCUCCCUGGUUUCUCUGCUCGAGGCUUGGAACAGCUCGCCGUCGGGUCGCCGCUUGCCGUCCGUGUCUCCAUUUGAAGUCGUCUGCAAAAAACUUCGUCUUGCAAUUUGUGGUGUUUCCAUCACAUCGGAAAACCUCUCCGGUGCGGUUGUGGCCCGUCACCUCCGAGUGGGAAAAUGUUGAAAUUCCUAUCGAAAGUGAAGAUUGAGUACAACGCGCUGGACCCGCGAAUAGCAUCGUGUAUGGAGUUCAUGGCACAGUGCAACUCACGCAAGGCGAGGGAAUCAAACCCUGCGUGCCAGGUGGAGGUGAAGCGCCGAACUGAUGAACACCUGCCGCAGAUCACGGUGACCUUCGUCAACGGCGUCGAGCAAGCCUUCGAUGCGACCUCAACCCCUGCACAGAGCAUAAGGACCAUGAUUCUUGAAAAAGGCCAAACCCUAGAGACCGAGCAGAUGUUCCGAGAAGCUGGUGAGUCAUGGCCUGUCAUCAUCCCCAAAGAAGAGCUAUCUCAACCCGCACCUGGCAUCAAGCCAAGGAAAGCAGAGGAGAAGAAGCAAUAGCCAUGUAUUUUUGAGCCUACCAAACGGCCAGGAAAUGUGCCAAUUUUCUCACGCAUUCUCUCAUUUUGUUUUGGCGGGGAGAGUACAUGACAUGAGACCACGGCUGUUCUGUGCUUUGCUGUAAUUUAGGGUUGAAUUAUUGAUAUUGAUUAAACAAAUAUAUGCAUGUGAUUCGUGUAAUAAUUGUUGUUUCUGAAUAGCAGAAUUUUGAAACCGUAAUAAUUUCAUGCUAGAAUUUGGUUUGGUUGCUGUCAGCUCUUAAACCUAGUUAUAUUUUAGGACAAAAAGCUGUCAAAUGAUACCAGAUUAUUGAUCCAAAUGCAAACUGUGCGAGAGAUGGCCUUUGUUGACUUUUGGAAUUGGGGUUCCAGUACCUAUUGUAAUUCAGAGGGGGGAAACUGGUGGCAUAGCAUGGCUUGCAUCCCUUGGUGUGUGGUUUCUUCUUGGUCAGGCUAAUAGAAUUUUCAAUUUUUAUUACUCUCUAGCACUUGUGAUGCCUAAUAAAUAGAAGAGUUAUCUCGGUAACAAAACCUUAUGCUCUUUUUUUUUAAGAUAGGCAUGCAAAAUUGCAAAUGACUGAUGUAUUGGGCAAUUGUGCCCUCUACCCAGCACUUGAGUUUGAAGAUUAAUGUAAUUAACUACUU